UGCUCCAGGUGGAAUUACGGUACUUUAUUUACAGUCAGCUGGUUUAGUGAAGUCCAGUGGUUGGGUUAAUGUUGACCUUAUCCACUUAAUUGAUUUUUGUAGAUAUGUGCUUAUUCUGAAUUUGAUGCCAGCAGCACGUUUCAACCUGCUUUUAACAUUCCAUGAGUGAACAGGUUCAUUGGUAACGUGAUAGAAUUAUGAUGAGGUAUGAAAGGGGCAUCUUCACGAGCCUCAACUGCAAAAAUGGGCCAAGUUUCACCACUUUGUCAAACAAUUGCGAAAAGGAUCCUUAAAGGAUAUCAACUCGUGUCAUAGUUUAAUGUCAAUUUUAAUCUGAAAAGUAAUAACCAUGACUUCAGUGUAGUAGAAGCAUAAAGUAAUGUAAAAUGGGAAUGUUCAAGUAAAGUACAAUUAUCUCCAAGUUUAAUUAAGUGUUUCAAGUAUUUUAGUUAUUUAUUUUACACCACUGCAUUCUCGCUGUGUGUGAUAGGUCAACAUGUGAUUCCAAAACCAUGAGUGUUAUAGAACUACUAUAACUCCAUGUGUCUGCAUUCAGGUACAGGAGCAUGACUGAGGUCCAGCACUGAUGCUGGAUGAACAUUUCUCACUACAUUUCUUCAUCCUGAAGAUGGUGCUCUGUGUGACUCAGUCAACCAUUUCUUUAUGGAAGUGGCCACAGGAGCACACGUGUUGAAAUGGGUAAAGGGACAAGCACACACUGUUGCCACAACAUUGAAUGCACAAUAUUGCACACUAUGCUGCUUUAUAAGCAAGAAAGUUGAACACAUUGUGCUGUUCUGGGCUGUGUAUUGACAUCUCAGUUGAUGCUGUUUCCACUGUAGUGUCCUGUUAAAAAGUGGCAGUGUGAAACUAACCUCAGGGCAUUAUAGGGCCAUGUGGUGGAUCAAUGGGUUCAAACUAGAGUCCUAGUUUGCAACAGCAUUGAAAUAGAGUCAGCUACCCUGCACAGUGGGGUCUCUUCCCUCUUCAAGGCAUGACAAAUGAGACCCGAUGUCUCCACAAAUGAAUCUGCUCUUUUAUGAUGGCUUUAUGACAAAGCACGAGACAAGGACCUAAUACAACAUGUAAGUAAAACCAUCUGUAUUUUUGACUUUCAGUUUUAUUAAGAUCAUACCAACUAUUCAUGUUUCUUUAUUCAUUGGCAGAUAAUAAUUAUAAUGUGACAGAAAAUGGGGGAUUGGAACUUAUUAGGGAGUAUUUUAGAAGAGGUCCACAUUCAUUCCACCAUUGUGGGGAAGAUCUGGCUCACCAUCCUCUUCAUUUUCCGGAUGCUCGUGCUUGGCGUUGCAGCUGAGGAUGUUUGGGAUGACGAACAGAGUGAGUUUGUUUGCAACACUGAGCAACCUGGCUGUAAGAAUGUCUGCUAUGACCAGGCUUUCCCUAUCUCCCUAAUCCGCUACUGGGUCCUGCAGAUCAUCUUCGUGUCCUCUCCGUCUCUGGUCUACAUGGGGCAUGCAUUGUACCGUUUGAGGACCCUUGAGAAGGAGAGGCACAAGAAGAAAGCCUGUCUGAAAGCUGAGCUGGAAGGGACAGACCCUGUCCAGGAGGACCAUAAGAGAAUUGAGCGAGAGCUCAGGAAAUUAGAUGAACAAAAGAAAGUGAGGAAAGCUCCCCUUAGAGGCUCCUUGCUGCGCACAUAUGUUUUCCAUAUCUUAACGAGGUCUGUUGUGGAGGUGGGCUUCAUUAUUGGUCAGUGUGCUCUGUACGGCAUUGGACUGUCUCCGCUGUACAAAUGUGAGAGGUUGCCUUGCCCCAACAGCGUUGAUUGUUUUGUGUCACGGCCAACAGAAAAGAACAUUUUCAUGGUUUUCAUGCUGGUCAUUGCUGGAGUUUCUUUAUUCCUCAACCUCCUGGAAAUUUUCCAUCUGGGGGUAAAGAAGAUCAAACAAAGCUUGUAUGGAUACAAAUAUGGAGAUGAUGACAGUGUGUACAGAUCAAAGAAAAACUCCAUGGUGCAGCAGGUUUGUGUGCUCACUAACUCCUCACCACAGAGAUUGAUGCAGCUCACACAGAUGACCUGCUCUGUUGUGUCUGACGCCCGUGGGGAGACUCUACCUUUGAAUUUGGCCCCAGUGGCUCCCCAGAAUCAGGAGGGGUCCAACAGUUCCAACCAACAGCCUGUACGGCCAUGCCUGUCGAGCCACCCUGACGCCCAGGGUCUACAACAGCAGGGGGCUGAGGAGAAGCGUUACACUCUGGACAACAGGAAGGCCUCGUGCAGCAGUGAAGAGUCAAAUGGACCACAUGGUUCGGCCCAGCUGCAGUACGCAGGACCUCGACCCACACUGAUGGCCGGCCACAUGGAGAUCCCAGCAGCCUUGAGAAACCCACAGAGGAAGCAGAGCAGAGUGAGUGUUUGUAAGGAGCUCAGUGACAUGAGUGAUUCUCCAGAGAGUGACCACUACCCCACAGCCCGGAAGUGCAGUUUUAUGUCCCGAGGAAUGUCGGAGGGCAAGCUGGCAACUCCGUCCGAUAGCACAGAUUCUCAUAGCGGAACAGACAACGAAGCCCAGCACCUCAAUCAGGGAGAGAGUCCAGUAGUGACCCCACCACCUCCAGUCGGUGGGAGGAGGAUGUCCAUGAGCAUGAUUCUGGAGCUGUCUUCAAUUAUGAAAAAGUAAACUGAAAAUGGACAUUUUGGAGGAAUGUGGAAAUUCUAAAAUGGCCGAGGAUCCUGAUUGCAAAGCAAAUCUCAUCCCGUCUUUCAACUUUAACUUUUUCUUUUCACAGUACAGUUAUACUGUAUGUAUUCAUCAUGAACAAGAAUUUCAACUCAGAUUUGUUACCAUGACAUUCAACAAAAGAAGCUUAGUAAUUUUCUUUAUGUACUGUGCAAAUGAUAUUUCCAGCAUCUGAUAACUUAGGGAGGUUGGUAGAUUUUACGGAUCAUAAAUCAAAUCUAAAUCAAAAUUAUAUUUGGCUGGAAGCAUGGGAGACAGCUCAUAAAAUGAGACAAAAAAACCCCUUGCAAAUGUAUUUGACUGAAGAUUGUAAUUUAGACAUAUAGAUAAGACUGUGGAAUUGGCCACCACAAAAAGAACAGAGAUUUCUCUGAACCAGUGUUUAUGAUUUAUCAUACAUGAUGAGCUGGAGAAAAAAAAGGGCUCUUCAAUUUUAACAUUUUGUUUUUACUGAGAGUAGCCUAAUAAUCUUUAUGAAUAUAUCUAAUAAAUUCAAGCUU